GUGGUUGAGGGUGGCUAUGAAUGCAAUACAAGAGAAAUGAGAAGGGAUCAAGGCUUUUGGAUUUCUGUUAGGCAAAUGAGUUAAAUAUUUGCAUUGGUAACUGAAGAAGACCAACCGACCACUUUAUCUCCUACCAAUAAAACAAACCUACAAUCCAAAUAGACUUUAUACUCACCAGGAAGCAGUAUGAACAGAUGGUUGUGACUACUAAGUGUUUUGCCAGAUAAGAAUGCUCUACUCAACAUAGACAAGUGGUUAGAGAUGUCAGAGGGAAAGAAGUGGAUUGGAACUGAAAGGACAGCUUGAUAAACACCGGAUGAGAGAGAGCUUCUUGGAAACAAAGAAGAGGAAGAAAUAGAGACUUGUAGCACAGAAGACAACUGGGAGGUUUUGUAGGCCACAGAUGACAAGAUCUGCUGUUGAGACAAGGUACAAGGCAGAUGAUAAACAUGGAAGGGAAAAAUACUGUAGACAGAGACAUAAAAGAUAAAAAAACAAAAAAGACCGCCAUAGACCGAAAAAGAGGAGAGCAAAGACCCAAUAUUAAGUAACUAGAACGGAAGGUAGAUGUUAGUUUUGAUUAGUGCAGAAAGAAGCAGAAAACAAGAGGUUUAUUGAUGUUCUGUGAUGAAAGGAGUAGAGAUAAGAAGGGGUUCCGGAUUGCAAAACAUUAAUAUUGGGGCGCUUCAGACAUACCUGGGGUAAAAGUGUGUUUGGAAUGACAGUGGCACACUUACUUUCAGGGAGGAUGAACAGAAAGAGGUUUGGAAAUGUUAUUGAGAGAAGUUAUAAUAAAAAGAAAUAGAACGAGGGACAUAGCUUAUGGAUUAUUAGUGUAUUUCGUUUUAUCCAUGACGGUUUUUUUAUAGAUUACAUCUUCUAAUUCUAUUUCGGGAUUAAUCGUUCUCUGAAAUAGAAAAUGGUUGGAAUCUUAUCCAGUGCAGUCACACUAUAUAUUCAAAGAUAAAUGAGUGAGAUCUAGUAGAUAUUUUUAGUAGGUCGAGGGACCCUGCUGAAGAUAUUACACUGGCAGUAAAUGCAUUUGUGUAUUGUACAGCUAUAAAGUUGAUUCCGAAUCAUUUUAAUAGUAAACAAUUUGAAUAAAAUUAGGUAGUUAGUAAAUUAUAUAUCUUACUUUCUCGUUAAUCGUUGCUGAAAAUUAUUAUUAUUGUUAUUGAUAUUGAUAUUUAUUGUUUACAACAAAAGCAAUGCAAUUUCAACGAAGGUUAAAAAUAAAAUUUCGUUUCGUCAAGUCAGUGUUUAUUUUUAUGUCUAACCGGAAGUUGCAUGUUGCCGGUAUUUCAACAUGGCAGUGUUAGAGAAAAGUCCACAAGAAUGUCGAUUGCCACAGAAGAAAUAUUUCCGACAGCGGGCUCAUUCCAACCCAAUCGCUGACCAUACGUUUGACUACCCUCCAAAUCCUUCUUGUAUGAAAUGGUCUGAAUAUUAUCCCGAAUUCUUCAGUGGAAAUUCAUCAUUAAGUAGCCCCAAAGUUGAAUUUGCGGAUAUUGGUUGUGGCUAUGGAGGUCUUUUAGUGUCCUUGUCACCAUUGUUCCCUGAUAAACUGAUGCUAGGAAUUGAGAUCCGUGUGAAAGUGUCGGAUUUUGUGAAGGAACGAAUCAAGGCGUUGCGUACCAUGAAUCCUGGAAAGUACCAGAAUAUUGCUUGUAUCAGAUCCAAUGCCAUGAAAUAUCUUCCCAAUUUUUUUGAAAAAGGACAGCUGACGAAGAUGUUUUUCCUGUUCCCAGACCCACAUUUCAAAAAGACCAAACAUAAAUGGCGCAUCAUCAGUACCACCCUUCUAGCUGAAUAUGCCUAUGUCCUCCAACCGCAAGGGCUGGUCUAUACAAUCACAGAUGUGAAAGAGGUCCAUGAAUGGAUGGUACAACAUUUUGAAAAUUUCCCCUUAUUUGAAAGAAUUCCGGAUCAUGACCUUCAAAGUGAUAUUGUUGUUGAGAAACUUUAUGGAAGUACGGAAGAAGGUCAGAAGGUCACACGAAAUAAAGGAGAAAAAUUCCUGGCUGUGUUUAGACGAAUUAAUGACCCUUACGUUAGUAAAAGAUCCCCAAUGGCAGAUACAAUGCUAACGCAAGAAAUGAAAAGGCAUGCAGUCAUUGUUGCCAUUUGUGCAGAACACAGCGACUUAGAAAUUGCCAACUUUCUAAAUGUUGCAAGAUCCUUUGUUCACAAAGUUCGGAUGGAACUGGAAGCUUCCGGUGGGAAUGUUUCAAUUGUAUCAAAGGGAAAAAAACAUUGUAAACGUUCGGACACUAUAAGGACACCGCAAUUCAUCCAACGGGUUCAACACAUUGUCAGUGAUCACCCCGAAAAGUCAUUGAGGGCCGUUGCUAAAGAACUUGAGGUGUCGGAGUGGACUGUCAGAACUGUGGUGCACGAGGGCAUUUAAUGCCAGUCGUAGGUGUUGUGUGAAGCCAGCUCAUGUCUGCAAAGAUAUUUGAUCUGUGUCGAACAGUUACUGAGAAAAGUUUUUAAAAAAUCUUCAGGAACAUGGCAUGUUACGGUUUUCUUCUGCUGAGAAAAUCUUUGACCGAGGCCCAACAGGAGAAAUGAUAGAUGGUUAUCCCUCUGCAGGACGCCAGUGAUGCAUAUUCGGUUUCCAGCAACUGGAAUGGUUUAAGGAGUGGUGAAUAACAAAGGCCAUGAGAAGCCACCUCACAUCUUUCCACAUUGUAUUAGAAUUAAUGCUGCUGGAUGUGUUGAGGUGCUGAGACGGGUAUUAAACCCUGGAUGGAUGAAAGACACAGUUGAAGGCUGUAUGUGUUCCAAACAAACUCAGCACUUUUGCACAAAGCCCACUCACCCCAAGAAUGGAUAUCAGACAAUCUUUAUGAUCCCGUAACAUUGAACCUGUGGCCGCCUAACUUGACAGAUUUAAAUCCCAUGGAUUACCACGUUUGGAGAGUUGUUGAAAGGGAGAAUAAUUGACGCAAUAUCACUGAAGGCCACCGUUAUCCAGGUGAUGGUGUCCAAAAUGAAAUACAAACCAUUUAAUGCAUGCAUGUCAAAGAUUCUGGUUCUCCAUCGAAGCUAAACGCUGAUUCAUUGAAUCAUCUUAUAAGAUAGCUUAUUGAGAACAUAUGCACAAAUUU